AUGAGCGGCGAGAUUCAGCCCGAAAUAGUGGUUGACUGUAUCAUGCCUGACUCAGCUUCUGUUGAUGAUGAGCUCAGCGAUGUCGAGCUUGAAGAAGAUCGCUCUAGUAGUUUGAGCGAAAUUGAAGACAAAGAUGCCGAGCAAGAACAUGAGGACGACGCCGAAGCCUCAGAUGAACUUAGUAACCCCUCUGAAGAUGAUGAUUCUGAAGCAGAGACGGAGCGUCUGGAAGAAUCACCGCACAAGCUGAGAGUGCAAAAGAAUGUGGUUCUUAAUUCCCAUAAUGGUACCGACCCCCACGAUCGCAGCCCUAGCAAACUACACAACCAGAUCAUGGCAGACGAGGCAGAAGAAGACGAAGAUGACGCAGAUCCGUUAUCCGACGAAGAUGUUUCUAUUCCCAUCGAUAGCCCUAAAAGUUCCCUCCGUGAUGCUGCCGAGCUGGGUAGUCACAACCCAGUUACAGCUGCUACAUCACUAGAAGAUUCUUCGGGCGAAGGAAAGAGGGCACUAUCGACUUCCGAAAUCGAUUCAAGAAAACGCAAGCGAUCAAUAAUGGGCAGCGGCGGACUCGACGAUGACUUCGAUGAACCUUUGCCCAAGCGGACGGGCUUUAUACUUAAUCAAGGCGACGAUUAUGCGAUUGAUGACGAUUUACCUGUAGAAGAAGACGCACUAAAUGCAACCAGCGGUAACAUAUCAGGCGAAGAAGGCGAUGGGGCACAGGGAGAGGUUUCCGUGAAUGCUACAGAGGCAAUACUUCCCGAUGACGAAAACACCGAACCCGCUGACAUACCAGUGUCGCCCAAAAGACGUGGACGGAAGAAGAAAAAGGCUGUGGAGAAUGGCAUAAAUGUUGAGGAUGAGUCGGACAGUGUGCAGAAUGGUACGCUGACAAAUGGCGAAGAUGAUGCAAGGAACGGCGAGGAGGACCAGGCAGAAAACGAGGGAGAUGAUGAAGCGGAUCUUGUAUUGAAGACAGAGGAAGAAUUGGAAAAAAAGAUGAGCGCCUUUGAUCAAUUAGGCGGGAUCGAGAAGAACUUCUCAGUCUUCAGAGACAGGCUCUACGAUGAACGUCUCGAGCAGAUGAAUCGAGAGGAGGCUAUGCUUCGACAAGACCAGCUAACACACCCCGAAUUGCUAGCGAUGAUGAGUAGUGUCGAGGCACGGAGAGACGAAAGGAUUCGAGUCGCCGAAAAACUACGUGAAUAUGAGCUGCAGGCUCUCAAAAUUCAUGCUGUUGCGAGGAGAAGCCAAAUUCUUGUUCAAUAUAGACAAGAAGCAAGAGAGGUUCGGGAAACCAAGAUGGAGCGGCUAGGCAAACAAUGGUGCGAGAUACAACAUGAUAGAAGGAAUUACUCAACUGGCGUACCCGAGUACACUCUGAACUAUCCUACGCGGAGAUCGCAACAGGUUCAAAACCAGGUAGCAUAUUCCAAUGAAGUUUCCAUCCUUUCCGGUAUCGCCAAACAUGUCGGAUUCCCAGCCGCUCCAUCCAUGGCCCAGGCAACACCUUCCGAGCUCGAAGAGGACUUCGAGAAGAUGGGACGGACUAGACAUGUGCAUCAACCUGCAGCUUUAUCUCUGCAAGAAUUAGCGGCAUUGCGAAUAGUAGGAUCAACAUCGCGAUUCAGGCCAGCUGAAGAACAAUUUAUUGAACAAACACCAUGGGCAAAUCCGCAGCACCCUUCUCACGCUCAUUUAAUACAACGUCAAACAUCAGCCCAGCAUACUCCAAGAACCACGAGCCCUUUAUCUCAAGUUCAAGUACAGCCCCGUCGUCAUUCUCAUCAACAAGGCGGUCCCAUAUCUGGAACGUUUUCUAAUAUCCCGACAUCAAUCUUACAACAUACUAAUGGCUACAUGAUGUCUGGUGGAAGAGUUUCUCCACAUAAUCCGUUUUCCAAUGCCUCGCACUCACAUACUAUUGUACCAUCGCCUCUAGGCAGUCGGCAGCCAUCGCUGUCGCCGAAGCAAGCUAGACCUCCUCAUCCGCCGUCACAUAUCUCCAACGAGCAAUAUAAUCAUCGGGCCCCACUCGUAGCCAAUAAUCAAAUCCAUCAGAUAUCACGCGCCGGACUCCAGAAUGUGGUCCAAGAGAUGGCUCGCGAACCUCCACCGGCGGAGAUUGUGCCCAAGAGGGAAUUGAUUGGUCGUUUUUGA